ACCCUUUGUGGAAUAGCAGCAACCAGUUACUCCUCUUGAUGACAGAUCCGGUGGUUUUCCACUGUCCCAGCUGUGAGAUGGGGUUCUGCUCUAGACGGCUGCUAGAGAAGCACAUGGAAAAAUUCUGCAUCGGAGAGGAACCUACCAUGGAUGCCAGAUACCACAACAGGCAAAUACUCCAUAGGGGGAAAGAGCCUAAGAAAACAGAGACACCAGACAGCAUGCAUCAACUACAAGUGCCAAUACCAAAGAAGCAUCAUUUUGAUGGGGAACAUGAGCAACAAGCACACCGCUCUAGAAGCUUUGAUCAUAAAGGAAGUGUUUCAGACAGCCAAGCCUUGAAGAAACUAACUGAAGAGUUCCACAAACUGAGGGUGUCGCUGGAAGACACACUUCCUACAUUCAGGAGCUUCCAGAAAGAGGAUGACAACAGAUACCAGUGGGAAUACUGGCAGCGCCAACAGCAAAUGACAGAAGCACAUGAGCACCAGUUGGCCAAUAUCCAGGCCAGAAACCAAUACCUAGAGCAGCAGAAGGACGAGAUCCACAGGCGCCUGUCAGAACUGAAACUAGGGAACUCAGCUACAACUCAUAUUGAACAGCUGCUGGUGGAGCUAAAUACCCAGGAGGGGAAGAACCAACUGGCUUUGGAUGCCCUGUGGGAACAGGUGAAACUUCUCCAGGUAGCAGCAAAUAGCAGAAGCAAACCCAAGCCACCCACCAAUAUAAAGACAGACAGUGCUGCAGACAAGAUAGAGGAGAAGUUCUUCUUCAAGUCUAUGCCAUUUCCAGCAGCAGCUGGACCCCUCUCUUCAGAGAUACAGGCCCUUUACCAGGCUUAUCUGCAGAGUGGAGGGAGUGACCAUAACAUCCUCCGUCAGAUGUAUGAGCUACAGGUGGAGGCCAUAGCACUGGAGAAAGGUGGAGCAAGACCUGAGCACAAGGGUAGAAAGAAGAAACAUGAAGGUAGUCCCAGCACCUACCCCCGGGGUUUGGAUAGUGAGCUCGUGUCUGUUGAGUUGGAGAAUCAGCGGCUGGAAGAUGAGAUAUUUAAGUUGAAGAUCCUGAAGGACAGAAGGAGAAUGGAAGAUGGGUCUUUGGACACAGAGCUGGCAAAACUACAGUGGUUAUAUAUGGCAGAGAUGGCUCAGGUGCAUGCAGAGAUUGGCAAGCUGAGAUAUGACACAGAGAGGAUGAAGCCACAGUGGCCCAGGAGAGGGUCACCACCCCUUCUGCCACCUCCUAUAGCUCCACCCCUGCCACCUCCUCCUCCUCAGCAUCUUUUGGGGCUUCCUGACCCCACCUUUCCAGUUAGCAACAUGGACACCAUGAGAUCAUCUGCCACAGCUACAAGCCAGUACUUCCUCGAUCCCUCUGAUGCCCUGGGACCAGCUCCAUAUGACCCGGCGUCUGGUUUUGUGAUAUUCUAUGAUUUUCUUUUGGGCCUGGAUCCCACAUUUUACCAAGUUUGCCUUGUCUCUGGGCUGUAUCGCAAUGGGCAGGCAUUGGGCAAGUCCACCCCACUGCCUAUUGUUUCCUCUGAUAUGGGCCAAUACCCACAGUAUAUGACAGAUGGACAAAGAGGGUGCUGUGCCAUCUUAGCUGCUAGACAGCCAGUCCCAAGAGUCCUUCCUUCAACCACCAUCACCCUCAUAACUGAGCUUCAAGCAUCUGGAGGCUUUGAUGCCUAUGGGCUAGAGAUCCAGAAUUUGGCCCCCAGGGGAUGGGCCAAAAUCAACAUCUUUGACCAUCUGCAUCAAGUAAUGAGUGGACGCUGGAAGGUCCCCAUCCGGGUACUUCCUGUGAAGCCAGGCCUUACUACUGAACAGUUAAAUGGUGUGCCCCAGGUGGGCAAAGCAGAGCUUUACUUGCGACUGGUGAAUGCAAGAGAUGCUGACAUGCAGUCAAUGGCAGAGAUUAAUCCUGGCAAUGCCUCCCUGUACAAAUACCCUUCCGCAGUGUCCAGUUGCGCAGCACACCCUAUAGACUUUCCUCCAGCCCAGCGCUCUUUCCACCCUGCCCCCACCAGCCUGUCCUUUUCUGUCCCUCCUUACACUGGCUUUGUUGACCCCCCUCCUAAUGAGGAACAGCCUUUCCAACACAAGCCCAAUAAAAGGUGAGAAAGGAGGAAGCCCCUCUUCUCUCUCCAGGACUAGACUUUCCUUCUAAUGAAAAUAAAU